UGUCGCCACGUGAAGGAAAAUGGCAAAGAAUCGUAAAGACUGACAUUUGUGGGCGUGACAUUAUUCAGCUGUCUUUCAUUUAAAUAUCUGCCAAGUCGAAUGAGACAUGUCGUCGCGGGUGUUGCUACGGCAGCAGCUGAUGCGAGAGCAGGCCCAGGAGCAGGAGAGGCGAGAGGCCCAGCAACAGGCCUCUGUGUCCCAGCUGCGGCCCUGUGACUCCACUCCAGCCAUCUCCGUCACCCUCCCCCCAACUUGUGAUCGUCCACCACCAGCUCAGGUGCCUGUGGAAGUGCUAAAAGUGCAAACACACUUGGAAAACCCCACAAAAUAUCACAUCCAGCAAGCACAGAGGCAGCAGGUGAAGCAGUACCUUUCCACCACGCUGGGCAAUAAGGCAGUUUCUCAGACCUUGCGUGUCUCACCAGCACCUCAGUCCAGCUCUGCUCCUGAAGCUGCUCCCACUGCCAGUAGUGCCCCCAACAGUCCUAUGGCUCUGCUCAACAUUGGCUCCAACAAAGAGGAAAUUGACGAUGUGAUCGAUGAUAUAAUCAGUCUUGAAUCCAGUUUCAAUGAUGAUAUCAUUACAUUGAUUGACUCAGGUCUUCAACUUCCUAACACGCUCCCUGGAAACUUAUUGGACGUUUACCAUAGCCCUGGAAUGACUGCACCUACACUCACUGUCAGCAACUCAUGUCCUGCUGAUCUUCCAAAAAUUAAAAGGGAAAUAACAGAGGCAGAUGCCAAAGCACUAAUAAAAGAAAGGCAGAAAAAAGACAACCAUAACCUCAUUGAAAGAAGACGACGAUUCAACAUUAAUGACCGGAUAAAGGAGCUGGGAACUCUAAUACCAAAGUCAAAUGACCCAGAGAUGCGAUGGAAUAAGGGCACUAUCCUCAAGGCAUCUGUGGAUUACAUAAGGAAGCUGCAGAAGGAGCAACAGAGAGCUAAAGACAUCGAGAUGCGUCAGAAAAAAUUGGAGCAAGCAAACCACACUCUACUUUUACGCAUCCAGGAACUGGAAAUGCAGGCACGGCUCCACGGUCUUCCCCCUGGCACCUCCAUGUCACCCGGUCUCACCACUGACCCCUCCCUCCAACAGCCAGUCCCUCAGAGCAGCCAGUCCGCGCCUUUGGCUGCUGGGGUAGUCAAUGCUCAGAACCUCCUAGAACGCGUUGCUAUUGGACAGUCACUGCCCCCGUCCUUCUUGUCCCCGCCCUCUUCAGACUCUCCCGCUGGCGUCACUAUCAGCAGCCCCUUGGACCUGGGCAGCUUGAGCUUUGCAGAGCUGGAUGACACCUCUGCCUCUGCACUCUAUCCUGAUGUAGGAUUAAGCGAUAUUUUAAUGGACGAUGGUUGCACCUUGUCUCCUGAAGGGGGAGCAGAGCCUUUGUUCUCUCCUCUGUCCCCCGGGCCUUCCAAAACGAGCAGCCGUCGAAGCAGCUUUGAUAUGGAUGAGGACUUGUGAUACAGUACUGUUGUCAGGGCAAGAAACUUUAUGGGACUGUAGUUUGAAAAGUGCUUCUAUUAGAGUAAAAUAACGUAAGCUAUUCUAUGAAAUAAUUAUUUUGCCACUGAAAUGUGUGUUUUUUUUUGUUUUUUUUUGUUCCCUUUUGGAACAAAUGUCAAAAAUAUGUAUUUUGUAAUGAAAUUUUAUUAAGUAUUGUUAAAUACUGGCAUGGAUAUAGCAUUUACUAAAACAUAGAUUAUGAUAUAUGAGGGAUAUAAAUAUAGAUUGUUUUAUGACAUUUCUUAUUUAAAAUAACAUAAUGGCAUAAUAUUCUUGAGCCAUUAUUUUACUGACUGCAAUAAGGGUUUGUUCUAAACAGCACCAGGUGCACAAGGGAAGUGAAUUAGCACAUUAAAAACUCUCAUUUGAAUUUUUUACUUCAGAAUGUUUCAUUAUAUUAUAUGCAAUUCAAUUGCACCUUCUUUUAUGGCAGUCUAUGCAUUUUAUAUAUA